AUGAAGAGAAAGAGAUACGAGAUGGAGAAGAAGAAGAAGAAUACAGAAAUUCAAACCGCCAUUGAAGAGCUCUCUCUCUUCAUCGUAACUAAACAUGCAGAUAACACUGAAGUUACACAUAUCCCCUUGAGGCCACUUCUCUCCUUCUGCAACUUGAUCAUCCAAGUUCUUGAUAAGAUAGGACCGACAAUGGCUGUUCUUAGACAAGACAUCGAUCAAAAUAUGCAGAGACUAGAAAAGGUUUGUGAAACAGAUCCUUGUGUUUACUCCAAUUUGGUUGAGAUUCUGAAGAAAGAAAGGAAGGAGGGGACAUCCAAGACGGUCGCUAGUUGCAGUAGAGCUCUUCUUUGGCUCACUCGAUCAAUGGAUUUUACUGCGGGUUUACUGCGACUGUUGUCCAAAGAAAUGUCGUCGAAAAUGGAAGAACUCGUAGAAGAAUGCUACAUGGCGACUUUAAAACCGCAUCAUGGAUGGAUCGCGUCUGCUGCUUUCAAAGUGUGUUUGAAGCUGGUGCCUGACAAUAAGACGUUCAUGGACGCGAUCGGUGCAAGAGACGAGAGCUAUGAGACCCUCAGAGAAGACAUUGAUACGUUAAGCUCAUUGUUGACACCUAUUCUCAAAGAAAUCUACUUUGUUCUGGAACACUACGAGUUGAACAGAUUUAGAUCGAUGUAA